UUUUUUUUUUUAUUUUUUUUUCGUUUUUUAUUUUGAUUCUUUAAAAGAAAAUGGGUAGCCCCAGAAGGUCCCAAACGGCCGAAUCAUUGAUGUCAACUGACACUUCAUACAGUGGCCCAACGAUAAUGAGAAGAAACACCAGAGAAUUUGGUUCUCGGACAAGUGUUCUGCAUCUUCCUAGCUUGCCCAGCUUACCGACCGAGACUUCCAGUACACUGAAUGAUAAACCUUCACAACCAACUUCAAUAGCAACACCAGAAACAAGUUACGUUGAAUUUGAUUUGAGUGGACUUAAUUCUCAUAAUAACAACAAUCAUUUCUAUAAUUCCAAUCAUUCUAUCUCCAAUGAUAUUUUAUCAGAAAAAGUAAUUGGAGCAGACCCAAAUAAACAUUCUAUGCAUAAUGACGAAGAUGAGACCGUCAACAAACCUAUUGAUGCCCCUAAUGAUAACAAUGACGAAGCUAAUGACGAAGAGGAUGAUUUUUUCGAUGGGAAAGAGUCAAACUGGAAAUCAAUGAAGAAAAUAUCAUCAUAUGAUUACUAUAACGAACGAGGCGAAUUAGAAUUCACAUCCGACGAAAGAUUUACUUCAUUUGAUAACUUGGCACAUGCUCGUGGGUAUACAAAGAUUGACACCGAAGAACAAUUAGCAAAAUAUGCUGAACUAAACAAAAAAACAGACUUUUUAUUUGAGAUUCGAAAAGAUAAACAACCUAAACCUAAAAAAGUUGAUAAUUAUUCUUCAAUUGACAAUGAUAUUACUUCAGGCGAUGAAUCGGACUAUGAAGAUGAUGAUAAUUUGGACUCUGAUGAAACUUUGGAAGGUACUAAAGAAAUGUUAACUGAUGCUCAAAAAUUCGCUUACGUUGGUAUUGCUAAACUUAUAAGUGUGGAUAUGGCAACUGAUCUUGCUAAACUUCAAAAAAGAGCCCCUAAAAAACUUGCUAAAAAUUUAAGUAAUUGUCAAAAAAAUUUUGCAAAUUGGACUAUGUAUGUUAUAACAAAAUUAUAUGAACAUAUGGAUCUAACUAAAGAAGAGAAACAAAUGAUCGAAAACUUGAGUAUCCAUGGUUUAGAGGUGACUGAUUUAUGUAAUAGUUUGGUUGACGAAAGUAGCUCCAAACCCAAAGCGGUGAAUUUAAGUUCAGGUUUUGAUAUGAGAUGGGUUAUUAUUUGUGAUUUGUUCUUAUUAUUAAUUGGUGACGGGUACUAUGAUUGUAGAUCAAGAACAUUGUUAACCCAUUUUGCUAAUUACCUACAUAUCUCCGAGUUGGAUAUUUUGCAAUUUGAAAGACGUUUAAUUGAAAGUUUGGAAUUGGAUACUAGUAAUAAAACAAUUGAAAAUAAAGACGAACUUCUCAAUGAUAGACUGUUCAUUGAUAAGCAUAUCAAAAGAAAUAAAAACAGAAGGUUAGCCUACAUUGGUUUGGCUACCAUAGGUGGUUCUCUUGCUAUCGGACUUUCUGCUGGUUUAUUGGCUCCAGUCAUCGGGGCCGGUUUAGCUGCUGGUCUUACAACUGUUGGUAUUGGAGGAACUUCUGGUUUUUUGGCAGGUGUAGGUGGAAGUGCAAUCAUUACUACCGGAGGGGUUUUGACUGGUGCUAAAGUUGGUUCAAAAGCAGGUGCAAGAAGAGUUGGUGAUGUUGAAACUUUCGAAUUUAAACCUUUGCAUAAUAACAAACGUACCAAUUUAAUUCUUACAGUGAGUGGAUGGAUGAAUGGUAAGUUGGAUGAUGUUAGAUUACCCUUUUCUACAAUUGACCCAGUAAUGGGUGAUAUGUUUUCUUUAUUGUGGGAACCAGAAAUGUUACAAUCCAUGGGUCAGACUAUUGGUAUUUUGGCUUCAGAAGCUUUAACAACAUCUAUUCAACAAAUUUUAGGUGCCACAAUUUUAAGUGCAUUAAUGUCAGCAAUCCAAUUACCGAUGGUGUUAUCCAAAUUAUCCUAUCUUUUAGAUAACCCUUGGAAUGUUUCUUUAGAUCGUGCUUGGAAAGCUGGUAAAAUCUUGGCUGAUACUUUAAUUUCAGGUAACAUGGGGGUAAGACCAAUAACUUUGGUUGGAUUCUCCCUUGGAUCUCGUGUUAUAUAUUCUUGUUUAAUUGAAAUGGCUAAACGAGGUGCUUAUGGUUUGAUUGAGAAUGUUAUCAUUCUUGGUAACCCAGUCACUGUAAAAUACGACCAAAUCACUCUUGCUAGGUCAGUUGUUAGUGGUAGAUUCAUUAAUGGGUUUUCAAGAAAAGAUUGGAUAUUAGGUUAUUUAUUUAGAGCAACAGGUGGUGGUAUGAUGACGGUAGCAGGGCUAUCAGAAAUUAAAGAUGUUGAAGGAGUUGAAAAUAUCGACCUUACCGAUUUAGUAGAAGGUCACAUGUCUUACAGAAGGGCAAUUCCUAAAAUUUUAAAACGAUUGAAUUGGGAAAUGUUAAGUGAAGAGUUCUCUGAAAUUGAAGAAGCUGAUCCAGAACAAGGUGAAAAGACCAGACAGUUAAUCAGUGAAUUCGAUGAAGCAAAAGCUAAAAUGAUUCAAGAACAAAACGAAAACAAGAAUAAACAAAAGGGUACUUGGAAAUCUUGGUUCAAACCCAAACAAAAAGAAUGGUGGGAUAUAUACGACCAAGGUAAUCCCAAUUCAGCAAAGCUGCAAAAUGAAGAAAAUGAAUCAAAUCGUACGAGACGCAAUACUACCGGUGCAACAGCAGAAUACCACGAAUCCCCGAACCGUGAGGAACCUGCUGCCGACCCCAUGUUUGAUGUGAACGCGUUACUACAAGAGGUUCAAGAUAUUGAAAAAAUCGGUAAUUCAAAUGAAGAAUCAUUGCAAAAAGUCAGACAAGACCUACAUGAACCUGAAAAGAAACAUAAAUCUAACGAAGAAGUCGAAGAAGAAGAGCUAGAAAAACACUCAAGCAUCCUUGGAAGUGCUACUUCAAAGCUACUGUUCUUCAACAAAAAGAAUGAAAGCCAAUAGUAUAGUUUAAGGUUAG